CUGCAGCAGCAAGAGGAACUAAAGCGAGGGGGCUGCUGUUUCUUUUGUGUACGGGGGAUCUCUUAAGAAACAGCACAAAGCGGAAAUGUGAUCUUUCGUGGCGUGGAAGCUGCAGAGAAGAAGCUUAAACUGUAAACAUGAAGAAGUUAAAACUUAAAGAACUAGAGAGCAAUCUUCAACAAGUUGAUGAUUUUGAGAAUCCAAAGCUUCUACUUGAGCAAUAUCCAACAAGACCACAUAUUGCAGCAUGUAUGCUUUAUACAAUUCACAAUACUUUUGGUGAUAUUGAAAACAAGACUGUUGCAGAUCUUGGGUGCGGUUGUGGUGUGUUGAGCAUUGGAAGUGCCAUGUUGGGAGCAGGGUUAUGUAUAGGAUUUGACAUAGAUGCUGAUGCCUUGGAAGUAUUUAGCAAGAAUGCUGAAGAAUUUGAGCUGACAAAUGUUGAUUUGGUCCAGUGCAAUGUGUGUUCUUUGUCUGACAGAAUGCCAAAAACCUUUGAUACAGUCAUUAUGAAUCCUCCCUUUGGAACGAAGCACAAUAAAGGCAUGGAUAUGGCUUUUCUCAAGACAGCAUUGCAGUUGGCAAGAACGGCUGUAUAUUCCUUGCACAAGACUUCGACCCGACAGCAUAUCCAGAAGAAAGCAGAUGAAUGGAACGUGAAGAUGGAAGUUUUAGCAGAACUGAGAUACGACCUACCAGCCUCGUUCAAGUUUCACAAGAAGAAAUCGGUGGACAUCGAAGUCGAUUUUAUUAGAUUCUCUUUCAGAAAACAGGAUGAACGGAGGAAUGAUUGAAAACAAAUCAUUUGUUUCUUUUAAAACAAAACCCU